AUGCCAAGAACAGACGUGGUUAAGGGAAUCUGGAAUUACAUCAGAGCACAUGAUCUUCAAGAUCCGGCAAAUAAAAGAGUCAUUCGCUGCGAUGGUCCUCUAGGCCAUUUGUUGGGAACAGAGGUUACUGACAUGUUUCAGCUGAACAAGUUGUUAACGAGUCACAUCAAGUCGCUUCCUGGUCCAAAUGGAGAAAUGCCUCAACCAAAGAAGCCCAAGGCCGAACCGGGUGCGGGGGGUUCCAGGGGAGCUUUUGCUCAGCCGCUUCCCAUGUCACCGCAGUUGAUCAAAUUUCUGAGUUGUGAAGAGACAGAGCUGCCAAGAUCGGAGGUGGUCAAACGCGUCUGGGCUUAUAUAAAGGAGCAUGACCUUCAGGAUCCAUCAAACAAGAGGAAUAUUUUGUGUGAUGAGCCCAUGAAAGAGAUGUUUGGGGUGGAUAACUUUGUUGGUUUCUUGAUGACAAAGCUCUUGUCUCCUCACUUCCUGAAGACAACUCCUGAAUCCCAGAACCAGCUUGUAGUACACUCUCCUGGAGAUUCUGGUGACGGGUAUUGA